ACGAUCGUCUCAGCAUCAUCGUAAAAGUACCAAGUGGGUUAAUUCACUCUUCUUACAAUGAUAAGAACAGAAAUCUUCCUUGCCUGCUGCCUAAUUGGGCUGGUUGCCUGCCAGGAGUCCAACGAAUCUGAGCUGCCGAUGAAUGGAUUCGCGCUUCAAUGUCUCAAAAAGACGGGUGGCAACGAUACGUUCUUAACCGUGCUGCAAAAUUUGAAAUUCGCAAUCCCAUGCUAUGAAACUGAGAUAAACAUCAAGAAAUUGGACAGGGAAUUCCCAAAUUUCCGUUCCGUGAUUAGUGUCCGGGAAGAGUGGUUCAGUAAACAGUGCCCACUAUUCCUAAAUGCAGUUCGCUGUCUGGAUCCUGUGAAGAGUGAAGCCCGAAAAUGCCUGGACAGCAAGGAACAGGAACUUCUUGAUGCUCUCACAAACGCCAUCACAGAGGGAAUUAAAUUGGUUUGCAAGAAUAACGGAGAAAUUUUCUUCUCUUCUGAUGGUGGUCUUGGAUCAUGUACCGAAAAGGUAUUCUUUCAUUUUCACGAUUGUUCGGAGCGGAUCACCGAUCCAAGCGCCUUUUCGCAUAUAUCUACCUUCAACCAGAAUCAGUGUGAUGAACUGACUGAGGUUCGAAGCUGUUUUGCGGCUAAACUGGAAGAAUGCAAGGAACCCAGGUGGUUGGAAGUAUUCGAUCUGUUGUACAAUCCGCUUAUCAAAGCUUCUCCGUGCAAAGUUUGAAUACGAUGUCAUCGAGGGAAAGCGUAACUGGCAAGAGCUUUAUUCCAAACUGCAACAAUGAAAUAAUCUACAGUCAGCAGUCAAGCUUGAAUUCUUCAUCUGGUUUGUUUAAAAUUUUGAAUUCUAAAAA